GAAACCGUACCUCAUCCGUCCACUGGGGGCGCUGCGAUGCUGCUGCGACACGGGCAUCAAAAUUCAGCCGUCUGCACCGUUAUCCGCUAUCUGUGAUGUGAACAGUCCAAACGUAAUGGCGACUGCUGCAGACUCGGGAUCAACAGUCCCGACAGACAUAAGGACUCAGUUCUGGCGGAGAGCAUUGCAGCGAGGGACCAGCAGCAUUCGAAAAAUGGCCCCUUCAGAGACGCCUGGCUCUUCAGGCACAACUCAGAGUAUGAAGAAGACCAUUGGACACCGGGGUGUUGAGACCACCACAGGAGAGACAACAUACAAAAAGACCACAUCAUCUGCCCUAAAAGGUGCAAUCCAAUUGGGCAUUGCUCACACAGUAGGCAGCUUAAGCCAGAAGGCGGAAAGGGAUGUUCUUAUGCAGGACUUUGUGGUGGUCGAAAGCAUCUUCUUCCCCAGUGAAGGCAGUAACCUGACCCCUGCUCAUCACUACAGUGACUUUCGCUUCAAGACUUACGCUCCAAUUGCCUUCCGUUACUUCAGAGAACUGUUUGGCAUCCGGCCAGAUGACUACCUGUAUUCUUUAUGUAAUGAGCCACUGAUUGAGUUAUCAAAUCCCGGAGCCAGCGGAUCCCUCUUUUACGUUUCUAGUGAUGAUGAGUUCAUCAUCAAGACGGUUCAACACAAGGAGGCAGAGUUUCUCCAGAAACUUCUACCUGGUUAUUUCAUGAAUAUAAACCAAAACAAGCGCACCCUGCUACCUAAAUUCUAUGGCCUGUAUUGCGUUCAGGCAGGGGGGAAGAAUAUCCGUAUUGUAGUGAUGAACAAUCUUCUGCCUCGUAUAAUCCAUAUGCACCUCAAAUAUGACCUGAAAGGCUCUACCUACAAGAGACGAGCUUCUCCUAAGGAAAGAGAGAAGGCUGUUCCCAUUUACAAAGACCUGGAUUUUAUCCAGGACAUGCCUGAUGGUUUGCUGCUGGAAGCGGAGAACUAUAAUGCCUUGUCCAAGACUAUUCAGAGAGACUGCUUGCUCUUGCAGAGUUUUAAGAUCAUGGAUUACAGUCUGUUGAUGGGCAUCCACAAUAUGGACCACGCUAAUCGAGAGCGUGGUGGGGUCAGUUCAGGGGAUGGUGUGGUGUCUGAGGGUGCUGUGACUCCAGAUCAACGAAGGCCACAAGCCCAGAAAAGUCUGUACUGUACAGCCAUGGAGUCCAUCCAGGGGGAGGCUCGAGGGAAGGGAGUUUUGGAUUCAGAAGACCACACGGGAGGUAUUCCAGCUCGCAAUUCAAAAGGAGAGAGGUUGCUUAUCUACAUUGGCAUCAUUGACAUUCUGCAGUCUUACAGGUUUAUUAAGAAGUUGGAGCACUCCUGGAAGGCUUUGGUCCAUGAUGGGGACACAGUUUCAGUUCACAGACCUGGCUUCUAUGCAGAGCGCUUCCAGCAGUUCAUGUGCAACACAGUGUUCAAGAAAAUUCCACUGAAACCGUCACCGUCUAAGAAGAGCCGUGGUGGAGGCCAGGGAGGACUAAGGAGAGCCCCUACUUUGGGAGCUCCCACCCCACUCUCCCACACACCAGGACAGUCAGGCGUACAGUCAGGCAGACCAGAUCUGGUUCCGAGGACUCCUCCACCAGCAGAUAACCCUGCAGAUAGUGAGGCCAAUCUCUCCACCUCAUCAGUAGGCAGCACAGGCGUUCCCUCCACCUCGCCUCCCCUGCGGUCAGUUGGAGUGGAAGUGCAUAAAUCAGCAACAACAGAUUAUGACCACGGAGCCUCCCACAGUUUGGGGGCAGAAGGUGCUGCCGAUAAUUCAGGCAACCUGUCUGGAAAUGAAGAUGUUGUUUCCCUCUCUGACAUCAUCCCAGAAACCAACAUCUGUUUUUGAAAAUGAAGAUAAAAAAACAAACCAGUGCCAAGUGCAAAGAAGAUGCUCGUUUGGAUGCUGUGAGUUGGGCAGGAGUCAGGACGAUGGAAAUCAAAAUCAUUUAUCCACCACAGACCUCCUGUUGCACCUCUGCAGUAUAUAUAGGACCUGCUGGAUGAAGCAGUGGGGUGCAAGGGUAAUUUGGGACAAUAAGGAGAUGAGAAGAAGUGGCUCUGCAGGCUUCAGGUUUUCUGAGUCAACAUCACUAUCACUGUGUGCCCAUAUUUAUCUAUAACUGAAGGCUCAUGACCCUGAAGUGGCAGCUUUGUUGCAGUUGUGACACCAUUACUCUGACUGAACACAGAUUUCCUUUUGUGUCUGUUGGCUGCAAUAACUUAAGAAAAUACUGAGUUGUAUGCUGUAAAAAGAAAAAAAAGAGGGUGAGGAUCUAGCCAUCUUGCCCACUUUCCACAGUAUGAAGAUGUGAGUGGGCAGAGACACCCACAACCCACUAUGAGCAUAUGAAGGCCACAGCCUGCAUGGGAGGAGAGAGUGUUGUAUGUUCACAUGCCUUCUAAGUGGAUUCACAUUUUCGUGACUUGCACUUUAGUGCGUUCUUCAUGCUCCUACAUCUCCCUUCUGCAGUCCUUAUCAGCAGGGACACUCAAAUAACAAUAUGUAAUCAAUACAAAUCAUUCAGUCAUAACUUGAUGCUGUCAGCUCUGCAAUCAAAGUAUACUUUUCUCUUCACUUAUUGUGGAUGUGAGGUAUUUUUUUGGAAUCAGAUUUGAAAAAAUGGGUUGAACUAAACCUAUGAGUUAGUUUUGUUUAUGUUUUAAGUUAUUUUGGAAGCCACAGUUGUGCUAUCUAGAUCUCCCACUGCUGAAUGUACAUUGUGUUUUCCUUGCAUCAAAUGUGUCUUAGUAAAGCGACAGCAUAUUUAUACAACCCUGAAGAUCUCCCCCUCUGAUGUGGCCAUAUGUGCUGACGUAUGAAUGAGUACAAAACAAACAGCUGCUCACUGCAUUGUUGAACAGUACAUGCUGUUAAAUGAAGUGUUAACUUAAUGGACUAGUAAUGAUUUCCAGUUAACAUCUGUGGUCUGUCAUGUCUGUGCCUUUUACAUGUUUGUCUCUACCCUAACGUGUAUUAUAUAACUAACAUUUUUAAAGGUUAGUGCUCUGGUCACACAUGGAAACCUGCCUUAUCACUACAUCUGAUGUAAUCGUACUGCCAUUUGUGUGUCUGAACAUUCUAGUCAGUGGUGAGGGUUUCAUUUUGUUUUAAAUUUUCAUGCAAACACUAGCACAAUCACAUCUUUUUUGCCACAUAUUCAGUCAUCACUGAUCAUGUUUGAUCAUCAUUAUCACCCAUCAACUCACCUGAUCAUUUUCAUCCUCACGUCUGAUAUUAAGGAUGAUUUCUUGUUCAUUUCUGCUGGUUACAGAAAUGACAUCUGCCCACAUCCAUCCUUGGACCAAUAUCACUAGAUAUGUGUGUGAGAGUUUUGUAAAUAUAUUUUUUUUUACUUCUUGUGUUGUUCUGCAUUUUUGUGAUUGUGCUAAUUUUAUUAAUUAGGUUCUGAAACAAGCCACUGAGGUGGCACGUAGAAGGUUUUUAUCUUAUGAUAGAUUUCUGAUACUGAAUUAUGAAUCACUACUUGGUGACUGUAGCUAAUUUUGACAUCUCAUUAUGGAAGUAUUACUGUUACAGUAUUUAAGAACAUGUGGUCUAUGCAGCAGAGAGGGAGCAGGGGGACGUGAGUUUUCGAUAUAAAAAGGUCAAUUUUCUUCCAGAAUGCACAAUUGAGAAUUUAGGAUUGAGUGUUUUUAUAUGGCAAUUCAUGGCACCAAAGAGAAGAGCAGCGUAGAUAGUUGAAGAGGUCCUGUCCAGUAUGUUUAAUAUGAAAGUGAUAUGAGAUGUGUUCUGUGUGGCGAUAACACUGGCUCGACCUGUGUUUUAAGGAUCUUUAAACUGGAUAGGUUCUUUUAUUGGUUUUGUUUCUUUUGCUGAAAAUUUUAUUGUAUGAAAGGCUGUAUCUGUCUUAAAACCAGCCCAUUUUGUGAUUUUAUCUUCAACAAAUCAAGUGAUCUACUUCAUAGUCUGAGACAUUUCAAGAUUUCACUGUGCUUUCCUGUUAAAUGUUUAUUUACUACAAUUGUGGUAGUGCUUAGAACCUCCUAUUUACCACUUUUAUGUUGUAGGGAUGUUGUUUGUAGUUUUUCUGGUAGUAUGCUAAAAUGUUGGACAUAAUUUCAAACCCAUCCGUUUAUAACCAUAAUUUAAUUGAAAGUCAGUCACCAAAGAAACAGUCCCAACAGUCUUGUUCUGAUAAGAAAAAAAUAAUAAUCAUGAUUAUAUUUUGUAUUGCCUUGAGUUUAAUAUUUUAUUUAAACUUCUUGAAAUGUUUAGUGCUGGUUAGUUGAUAGUCUGUCUUUGCUUUUUUUUUUUUUUUUUACAAUAUUGUGGCACAAUAAAACAUCCAUUGGUGCAUAAAGAGCUACAGCAGGCAGUUUGUAAACACUACAGUGAAUUUAAAGCAAUGCAAUAUGAACCACAGUUUGCCACAUUCAGAUGUAUAUUUAUUAAUGACUGAUUGCUGUAGGUUCAGUUGAAAAAAAAGUUUUAUGUACUUGAGAUGAUUGUAAGUAAACUGUAUACUGACAGAAGGAUGUCUGAAACUUUAUAGCUUGUAUUGCUCAUAAAGGGAGAAUGACAAUUUCACCUUUUUAACUUUCAUGUCUAGAUUGUAAUAUUAUAUAUUCUCUGCAUUGUUCUGGAUUGUUAAUCUCCUAUUCUUUUUCUACACGAAUGUUUCACAUGGCUUAUGAGCCAAUGUUGCUGGUUGUCCUUUGCUUCAAUUAUUAUAUUUUUACUGUGUAUAAAAUGUGUAUAUGUACAUAUGAGUCACGGAAAUGCCUUCUCAUGCAACAUGUGCUGCCUGUUCCUCCUGCCAUGUUUCAGUUAUGUGGUAGUGAUGUUUUCAUGUUUGAAUUUAAAGGAUUAAACAUAUUUUCUAAAUCUU